GGCGGGAUCUUUAUUGGAUAUCAUCAAGUGGAAGUUGAGAACUUUCCAGCUCGCCUGCUUCCCGGAAGAUUCCCAACUUCGCAACAGUCCUUCAUCCGCUGAUUCCCUCGUAUAAAGAACCGCAUCGAUGAAACUUGUCAUCAGAUGGGUCUUUGUUCAGCUCCCCACCUCCACUUUUCCAUUCGCGGCUGAGACUGAGAGCAUUUUACUCUAGUUGGCUGAUGUUCUUGGAGUCCAAAUAUACUGGUGGUUUGCAUCAAAAUAUAUGAUGUUCGGGUAGGGACUUUGAUAGGGUUUGAGUGAGGAGAGUACAUGACCAUGGAUCCUUUGUUCUUUGGUUACUCCUCUCGUAUCAACGUAGAUGAUCUUCCAAUGGACAGCCAUGCCUUUUCACCUAAUCCAGAUCGGUACCCGAGUCCCACAGAUGGUUUCUUUUUGGAUGACCCUUUUCUUGACCUUAAAUCCUCAGAUACUGCUUUUCUUUCCAAUAAAGUAGACCCUGUUUAUGAUCUGCCUUCGAAAUCUGUCGACCUUGAUAUUGGAGAAUUAAUCUUUCCCUCGACAAGUGUGAGCUCGGGUGGAGGCCCAUUUGGUCCAUCUAUGAGCUCGAGUAGUGCCCAGAGUCCGGGGGGAGAUUCUCUCUCCCCAUCGGGGGGCACUGACUCAUCGGAUCCGGUUCUAAAGUACAUAAGUCAGAUGCUCAUGGAAGAGAACAUGGAGGAGCAACCGUGGGUAUUUGCUGAUCAGGUUGCUCUGCAGAAUGCUGAAAGAUCAUGGUACGACGCCCUUGGUCAACAGCAUUCAGAGCAGUCUGAUCAGAGCCCCUCGCGACUUGAUAUAGGCCAUUAUAUCGAGAGCCCAUAUAGCAACCUUUCUGGAAGUAGCAGUGGUCAUGGAAGCCACGAUGCUACAAGGGUUACUGCUAGCUCUGGCGACUCAGCUGAUGCUAAUAUUCUUUAUCCAAUCGAAGAACAUGGCCAUGCUGGGCAGGAGAGUUCUGACCUGGACUUCCAGUCGAACGUGGAUUCCAGUUUGCAGUUGUUGUCCAAUUCUUCCAGCAGCAUCGCGAAUUAUGAUGAUGGGUCUGAGGAAUCUUUCCAUGAGCUUCUUCUCAAGAGCAUUUUUAGCGAUGGAGAGUCCAUGAUUCAGUUCAAGAAAGGAGUAGAGGAGGCCAGCAAAUUCCUUCCUACCAACAAUCAAUUAGGAAUUUACCCAGAGGACAGCAAACCGUCAUCGGAAACAAAGAAACGAACGCCAAGAAUGCGCAUCAAUGAGGAGAUCAACAUGAUGCGCUCAUCUGAUGGAUUCAAGGGACUAAAGAAUCAGGAGAGGGACGAGGAUGCUCUUGAGGAAGGCAGGGCCAAUAAGCAAACAGCCUUGUACACAGAAGAGAGUGAGCUUUCUGAUUUGUUCGAUGAGGUGUUGCUAUGCAACGAAAAUGGUGGGGGUAUGUGUUCUGGCAACAAAUCCAUGGAGACAGGACUGAGCAAAGACAUACAGCCACAAAGGAACAAGCGCAGUUCUAAUAGAGGUAGGGGUCGUGGUAAGACGCAGGGAAGCGGGAAUAUUGUUGACUUGAGAACUCUUCUGAUUCUCUGCGCACAAGCCGUCUCUACUAGUGAUUUCAGGACUGCUAAUGAAUUGUUGAAGCAGAUUAGAGAGAACUCGUCUCCAUCUGGCGAUGGUUCUCAAAGAUUGGCUCAUUACUUUGCCAAUGGGCUAGAGGCACGAUUGGUGGGCAACAAGACUCGAACGCAAGACUUUUAUUCUGCUGUGGUUGCCAGGACCUCAGCAGCCGAUAUCUUGAAAGCUUACCACCUUCACAUUUCAACAUGUCCAUUUAUAAAAUUCUCCAUUUUCUUUGCAAAUUGCAUGAUAUUGAAACUAGCAGAGAAAGCCACUACCCUUCAUAUAAUAGAUUUUGGCAUUGUAUUUGGUUUUCAAUGGCCAAUCCUCAUACAAAAGCUCUCUUCUCAAUCAGAAGGGCCGUGUAAAUUGCGCAUCACAGGGAUAGAGCUUCCACAGGCUGGUUUCCGCCCGGCAGAAAGAAUAGAGGAGACAGGUCGGCGUUUGAAGAAGUAUUGUGAGCGUUUUAAUGUCCCUUUUGAAUUCAAUUGCAUAGCAUCGAAGAAUUGGGAAUCCAUCAAACUCGAGGAUCUCAAGAUUCAAAGCAAUGAGACAGUUGCUGUGAAUAGUUUAGAUCGGUUUAGGAAUCUCCUUGAUGAGACAGUCGAGGACAACAAUCCACGGGAUGCUGUGUUGAAUCUCAUUCGGCAAAUUAAACCGGAUAUUUUUGUUCAUUCUGUACGUUGCGGCUCCUACAAUGCGCCCUUUUUUGCUACAAGAUUCCGAGAGGCACUUCUUCAUCUUUCUGUCGUGUAUGAUAUGCUUGAUGCUAUCUUAAAUGGUGACAGCAAAGAGAGGUUGGUUUUAGAGAGAGAGUUCCAUGGACGGGAAAUUAUGAAUGUCGUAGCUUGCGAAGGUUCGGAAAGGGUUGAGAGGCCAGAAACGUACAAGCAAUGGCAGGUUCGUCAUAUGAGGGCUGGGUUUAAGGCGCUUCCUCUGGACCAAGAGCUCACGAAGUUGUUCAGGAGUAAGAUGAAAGAAUGGUACCACAAGGAUUUCGUGCUCGACGAAGAUGGCAACUGGAUGCUGCAAGGUUGGAGAGGUCGGAUUAGUUAUUGCUCCUCCUGUUGGGUGCCUACUUAGGAUGGCUCCAAAAUGAAUGUUUUCUGUCAUGACCUGUAUAUUGCAGGGAUUCUUCCCGAAUCGACAGGUCACGGAUUUUUAUUAGAGUAGCUCAGAAUGUACCUAUUUCCUUCUCUUCUGUUUGUGCAUGUAUCUUUUUAAUUUGAAUCUGCAGUGUUUUCUUGCUGUCUAGCAACCCUUGAGAUAGGAAGAUACGAUGUACAGCUUCUAUGCUGCACCGCAUUUCGAAAUUUGCUGAUAAUGUGUCGUGAUCUGUCUAUCCUAUAUCUCACAAGUUCUGCAAGUAACAUGCCAGGCAGCUCGAAGUUGAUAAUGGGUAUGGGUGCACGAUUAAUCA